AUGGGUCAAACAGUGAGAGCAGCACUCUUCCCCUUCCUUCAGUAUGUGUCCAACAGGGAAACAUUUGAUCAGCAGAUGGCAUCUUAUCUUCAGACAACCUACGUGCGGGAGAAAUACCAAACAUUACUUGGCUGUAGCAAUGUCAAUCUCACCAACCCGGACGAGCUAUAUGCACGUUUCACAGCCACAGUUGUCUGCAACUCAAUUGUCCAAAACUCGGUAGACGCAUGCAACCUGACAGCAUCCAACUCACGACCAGUGUGCGCCGACACUUGUGCCGAAUUCGCACAGAGCGAGGCGCUGCUCACCUCAGACAGCAGUCUCUGUGGUAACCCUGGCAGUAAUCUCAUGAAUCAAAUCCGAGCAGACUUCACCAACUGCGCUCUGCCUGCCGGCUCUCUAUCAUCAUCCAAUUGCAUCCAAGGCAUCGCGAACGAAAAGGAGAACUGCGGAUACGGCAACAGCACCGUGGGAUUGUGCUCCUAUUGCGCAUCUGGUGGUAUUAACUCUACUGACACGUGCUGCUACAACUCGAACAUCGACCAGCGAUGCGCCGGAGUCACUCUACCCUCCAUUUUUCCUACUAUGACCUUCGCACCCCCAACGGCGACGGCGACCCCGACACCCUCGAGCACGGCAGCCGCAGCCAAAGGGUUAUCUGGCGGUGCCAUCGCCGGUAUUGUAAUCGGCAGCGUGAUCGGUGCCCUGUUGCUUGCCGGGCUCAUAUUCGCAUGUAUCUUGCUCGCAAAGAGAAGAAGACGUGGAAGCCAAAAGGGCAGUGUAUUCAACCAACCGUCACCCUCUAGGCAAGGACCGUCUACGGUUAAGAUAGCACCGGCCCAGACCACGAGUGGAUACGAAGUCUUGCCCGGUGGCCGAAUCGCCCGGAUGUCAGCUUUGGAGAGCGCAUCAGACCCGGCUCCUGUUCCGCCGAGUCGCAACAGCGGGCCCCUCAUGGCCGCCGCCGCUGGAGGAGCAGCAGGAUACAUGACGGGCAGGAGGCCCAGAGGUGAUGACCCGUCCUCAUCCGAAUUUGGAGACAGUCCCGAGUCCGAAUCCAGGGCCGGCGUGCUGCGACCCCCUCCCACUAACAUCAGGAGGACUGGUUCUCUGUCCAGUAGCUCAGUUCUUGCGGAUCCUCAAUCGCCAACGAGUGCCGGAAUGUCGUCUCCACAAGGUAUGGCCAGCCAACAGUCGGAGCAGCUGCCUUUUUUCAAGGAUUACUACUCUCAAGACGACAUCCACCCUGGUGAUAGAGUCGCUACCCUCUGGGCCUACCAACCCCGCGCACCCGAUGAGUUUACGCUCGAGCGAGGUGACAUGCUCAAGAUUGUGGGAAUAUGGGAUGACGGCUGGGCGACGGGCAUUCUGAUGGAUGAACGUGCCGAUGAAUGGGAAGCUCGACGACAAGCUCAACGGGACAGCGGUGUUUCUAACACCUCCGGCCGCCACCAAGACAACUCGCCGCCUGUCAGCGGCGAGAUCAAAGCAUUCCCCCUCGUUUGCGUCUGCUUGCCAGAACACUGGAGGAAAACCAUCGAGGGAGAUGUCUCGACCGAAGGGUCCAGCGCUCACCAAGGACACUCAUCCUUUUCAUGA